AUGGCCACUUCCGCCGCCGCCACAACUGCCGCAGCGCCACGCCAGCUGUCACAGAAGGAGCAGGACAUCCAGAUGAUGCUUGCUGCUGAGGUCCACCUCGGAACCAAAAAUUGCGACUUCCAGAUGGAACGCUACGUCUUCAAACGCCGAAAUGAUGAGUGUGUCGAUUAUGGCGAGUUUGAAGGGAUUAUUGUUGCCAUCGAGAACCCUCAGGACAUCAUUGUUCAGUCUGCUAGGCCAUAUGGUCAGAGGGCAGUCUUGAAGUUUGCCCAAUACACGGGUGCGAAUGCAAUUGCUGGAAGGCACACUCCUGGAACAUUCACUAAUCAGAUGCAGACAUCGUAUAACGAGCCUCGCUUACUCAUUCUGACUGAUCCAAGGACUGAUCAUCACGUGCCACUUUUUUUAGAUCCCAUUAAGGAAGGUGCUCUUGGAAAUAUUCCAACGAUUGCCUUCUGCGACACUGAUUCUCCGAUGCGCUAUGUUGAUGUUACCAUUCCUGCCAAUAACAAGGGGAAGCACAGUAUUGGUUGCUUGUUUUGGUUAUUAGCAAGGAUGGUUCUGCAGAUAAGGGGUACUAUUCGUCCAGGGCUUAAGUGGGAUGUGAUGGUGGAUUUAUUCUUCUAUAGAGAACCUGAAGAGGCCAAGCAACAAGAGGAGGAGGAAUUACCAGCUGCCCCAGAAUAUGCCAUUCAAGAUUUUGGUGCUGCUGGCAUUGCCGGCUUCCCCGCAGCUGAUGGGGAAUGGGGGGCUGUUACAGCUGAACAAUCCUGGACUGAACCGGUUCCUCAGCAACCCAUUGCAGCUGCUCCUGCGAACUGGGCCCCAGACGCCGGUAAGAAUAAUUAUUUCCACUCUGGAUCUGUUAAAUUUGAUGCAACAUAA